AUGCCAAUGCAAAUGCCAAUGCAAAUGCCAAUGCAAAUGCCAAUGCAAAUGCCAAUGCAAAUGCCUGCACCAAUGUCAAUGCCAAUGCAAAUGCCUGCACCAAUGCCAAUGUCUGCACCAAUGUCGAUGCCAAUGUCUGCACCAAUGUCAAUCGGUGGCUUUGGUGGUGGUCUCGCUGGCUACGGCGGUGGUCUUUCAUUUGGUGGUGGUCUUCCAAUGGGUGGUGGUCUUCCAAUGGGUGGUGGUCUUCCAAUGGGUGGUGGUUUUCCAAUGGGUGGUGGUCUUCCAAUGGGCGGUGGUCUUCCAAUGGGUGGCGGUUUUCCAAUUGGUGGCGGUCUUCCAAUGGGUGGUAGUUUAGGAUUUGGUGGUGGUCUUCCUGCUGGUGGAUUUAGCGGCGGUUUUGGAGGUGCUUUACCAAUGGGUGGCGGUAUUGGUGGUUUGGCUUCGUAUGGUGGUGGUUCUUUUGCUGGUGGAUUUGCUGGUAUUCCAUCAUUUGGUACUGGUCAAUCGUUUGGUGGUAGUCCAUCGUUUGGUGCCGGAUUUGGUGCGGCACCAUCAUUUGGAGGUGGAUUCCCAGCAAAUUGUCCAAUUACUGGCGCUCCUAUUGGUAUGAUGCGUUCAUUACAAGCAAUUGGCGCACCAAUGAUGCAACCUUAUCAACAAUUACAAGCAGCACCCUUACCACAACCAGCACCUCAAAUUAUUCCUGUUCCUGUUCCAGUGCCACAACCAGUUCCUGUCCCUGUUCCACAACCAUACCCUGUUCCUGUUCCACAACCAGUUCCUGUUCCUGUUCCACAACCAUACCCUGUUCCUGUUCCACAACCAGUUCCUGUGCCGGUUCCUGUGCCGGUUCCUGUGCCGGUUCCACAACAAGUUCCUCAACAACAAUUAAUGGCGGCUCCACAACAGGUUUUUGCUCCACCACCACCACCAAUUUGUAUUCCAUCACCAGCACCAGCUUAUUUUCCACCUCCAUCAGCACCCGUAUUCCCAUCGUCUGGCAGUUUUGGUUCUUUCGAACAAUUUCAGUCUGCACCAAUAUCGUUUCCAUCUCCACCUCUACAACAAAUCGGCGGAUUUCAACCAGCUCAGUUUCCCACACCAGGUGCUGGUGGUCGUAUGAUUUGCUGUUGCUUUCCAGCUCCACAAUAA